GGCACCGCCCCCCGAUGCCUCGGGCUGCGGGCGGAAGCCGGAAGCGGGCGGAGGGGCGGUGGCGGCGCCAUGGGGGCCGCGCUGGGAGUCUGCUCGCUGGCCAGCUGGAUUCCCUGUCUGUGCAGCGGUGCCUCGUGUUUACUGUGCCGAUGUUGCCCCAACAGCAAGAAUUCUACAGUGACACGGCUUAUCUAUGCCUUCAUCCUCCUCCUCAGUACUGUGCUUGCCUGCAUUAUGCUGGCACCAGGCAUGGAAGAGCAGCUGAAAAAGAUACCUGGAUUUUGUGAUGAGGGGCUUCACACUCAGUUCCCUCACUUGGAUGGAUUUGUCAGCUGUGAUGUGUUUGUGGGAUACAGAGCUGUCUAUCGUGUCAGCUUUGCCAUGGCUGUGUUCUUCUUCCUCCUCUCCCUGCUGAUGAUAGAGGUGAAAACAAGUAAGGACCCGAGAGCUUCAAUCCACAAUGGGUUCUGGUUCUUCAAAAUAGCUGCCAUUGUGGCUAUCAUGGUUGGAGCAUUUUAUAUACCAGAAGGACCUUUCACAAGAGCAUGGUUUUGGAUUGGUGUUUCUGGAGCCUUCUGCUUCAUUCUUAUCCAGUUGGUUCUACUUGUAGAUUUUGCUCACUCUUGGAAUGAGAGCUGGGUUGAGAAAAUGGAAGAGGGGAAUUCUAAAUGCUGGUAUGCAGCUCUGUUGUCCUGUACAAGCUUGUUCUAUGCCUUGUCCCUGGUGUUUGUUGUUCUCUUCUACAUUUUCUACACGAAGCCUAAUGACUGCACUGAAAACAAGUUCUUCAUAAGCUUUAACAUGAUCCUGUGCAUUGCUGUCUCCAUUGUUUCUAUCCUGCCAAAAGUUCAGGAACAUCAGCCUCGCUCUGGCCUCCUCCAGUCCUCUGUCAUCACUCUCUACACCAUGUACCUCACGUGGGCAGCCAUGUCCAAUGAGCCUGAAAGAAACUGUAACCCAAGUUUGCUGAACAUCAUCACCCAGAUAGCUGCACCCACAGCUGUUCCAGCCAAUGCCACCGUCCCUCCUGCCACUCCUGCUCCACCCAAGUCCCUGCAGUGGUGGGAUGCCCAGAGUGUUGUUGGACUGGUUAUCUUUGUCCUUUGCCUCUUGUAUUCCAGCAUCCGGUCUUCAAGUAACAGCCAGGUGAACAAGCUGACCUUGUCUGGCAGUGACACUGCCAUGCUGGAGGAGGCUGUGGGGACAGGCAGUGGGGCUGCUGAGGAGGGAGACAUGCGCCGUGUCACGGACAACGAGAAGGAUGGGGUUCAGUACAGCUACACCUUCUUCCACUUCAUGCUCUUCCUUGCCUCUCUGUACAUCAUGAUGACACUCACAAACUGGUACAGCCCUGAUGCUGAUUUCAAAACCAUGACAAGCAAGUGGCCAGCCGUGUGGGUGAAGAUAACCUCUAGCUGGGUUUGUCUGCUCCUCUAUCUUUGGACCUUAGUGGCACCUCUUGUCCUUACUAAUAGAGACUUCAGUUAAAUUCCUGCACCUGUCAGAGCUUACAAAAGUGAGGAACUCUUUGCUGAAAGCCAAAAUGUUCCUUUAUUGCUUCAGUUAUUGUUUCUUAUGUUGGUAUUAAAAUGCAGUUGGAUAGAGUUAUAUAUUGCAUAAUGCUUGAUGCAGCAUCAAAAUUACCAGUUAUCUUUGUAUUUUAACCUUUACCAGGGUUAUCUUGUUACUGCAUUUUUAAAAUUCACUACAGCUGUGCUGUCAAAAGCACAAAAGAAAUUACCUAUUCUGUCCAAAAGCCACAACCUUCUACUGAAUAGAAGUUAACAUUUAGUUAAAUAUGAAGUAAUAUAUUUUAAAGAACAAAUAUAAUCAGCAUAAUGCACUACUAUGCUCAUGCUUCAGUUUCUGGAAGUGUAAGCCAUGCUGCUUGAUUUCUACAUUCCACUGCUAAAGUUUAUUUACAGGAAAAGUUUAAUUCAAUCACUUCACUUUGUGUCGUGGCAAAAAGCACCCUUAUUCCUCACCAAAAGAAUAAAACUCCAAAGUUGAAAAACUGGUUAACUCUUAAUUCUUUUUAAGACAAACUUGCCCUUUUUAAGAGGCCAUUUCUAUGGUAACUUCUUUUUUAGGAUGUUUGCCAAAUAGAGUGGUAAGUGUAUGAGUAGCUUAAUCAACUUUAUGAUUAUUUUGGAAAAAUAGAGCUUAUUGAUUGAUUGAUUUCAGUUGUCCAAUACACUUAAUAAAAGUAAUAUAUAUGGAAUUAUUAUUAUUAUUAUUGGCUCUAAGGCAUUUGCACUGUAAACUCAUUUGAAUAAAGGAGACUAACUACUGAAAGUGGCCCAGCUCUGUUGAAGUAUUAAGAACCAGCAGUUACUUCUCCAGUGGAAAAUACCACAUGCAGUGAUCAGCUGCUGCAGUGCACAGGUGGAUGUGACUGGGUGUUUUCUCUAUGCAGUAAAUACCAAGUGACAUGUUUCUUUUGAAACAAACAAUAUCUUCCCCGUGAGUCUGUGAAUGUCAAAUCCUGUUCCUUGAAGUUGCUCAGUUAAAAUCAACUUCUGUUCUCCAGCAGAAUGCAACACCUUUUGCUAAUGCAAUGCUGUGGUGAUUAUGUGUAGUAGCAACUGUGUGUAAAUGUGGAAUUUGUGUGUUACUGAUGUUUAUAGUAAAAUUCCUGAACAUGACACAAGACAAAUGUAUUGAAAAUACCAAAUAAGCAGCUAUUACAAUGUGUUAAAUCACCCAGUCAUGCAUCAUAAACUUACACGUUUUUAACAACUUUUUUUUAUAAAAUGCAAUAUAAAAAUAAAUUUUAUCAAAAUAAGAUGUACACUUAACCACCCAACACCUCUAGAACUACAUAACAAAAGGCAAAAUUAAUAUUUGAAUAACACGAUUAACUCAUGCCAAAAUGAGGUUUAACGAAAAUGGUCAUUCAGACAGCUCCUGAAAAUACCUCAGGGCUCGUAACACCCAUUUGCAAGAGUAUAAAUUCAAGUACUUUUAUAUACAGUUUGCAGCUACCUUUUGUGCCACCUAAUGCCAAUACAGUUCAAGUAUCCUUCCUUAUGUGUUGGAUUUGGCAGGGAUGGCUUAUAUACUGGGAAAGGCAUAUAACCAUGGAAAACGAAGUUAUUUCAAGUGGAAAGAAGAAAAAAAGUAGUUGUUGUGCUGUAAAAAAAACAAACCACCCCUUCCUGGAAGCUUUUCCUAGCUAUUCUCUUAACUUGCAGGUAAGGAGAUGCUACACUUGACACAAAUGUUUAUUUUCCAAAUGCCGUCACAAGAAAUUCUGGGAACAAACUGAUUUCUAUGCUGCUAAGUGCUAAAGCUCAAAGAUUCUCAGCUCUAUAGCCAGGCACACAUAAGCCAGAGCUGUGCUUUCUCUAAGACAAGCACUGGUCAGAGAGACUUCAGGGGUAGAGACACAGCUCAGUGAAGCUGCAACUCCUGGCUGAGCUCUGAAGCCAAGGAACAGUGAAUCAGAGAUAACAGGUGCCUGAUAAAGCCUGGCUUAUUUCAGCAUCCUGACAUUCACUGCCCAAGAGCCAGCUUUAAGAAAAAGAAGUUCUGGAGGCACAAGACUGGCACUUUUCAGUAUUGGCAAUUGUGGUUUAACCCCAGCCAGCUGCUCGCUCACAGUGCCACACAGACUCCCGUGAAGAAAAUUCUACCCCAGCCAAACCAUAUAGUCUCAUUUAUUAUGUCUAAAUCAUAUUCUUUAUUCUCAGUGAACAGAGGAAAGAAGAGAGUGAGGUGGAUCUUGUCUGCCUACUAUUAAAGGCAUGCAAGAAAAUAUAAAAGCCUGAAAAAAGGUGAGUUUUGCAGAGGUUCCUCAGCCUUCUGCUGAACACCACUACAUUUAUUUCUUUUUGAAGGACACUAAGUUGAAUUUUGAAUAUCCAACCUCUCUCUCUAGUAGUUACAUAAGGGGAUUAAAGUAGCUGUUCCUACAGUCAAUACACCCCUACUUCUAACCCUGCAACACAGUUAAGGAGAGACAAUCAGUCAGGCCUUUGACUCUAGGUAAAAUGGUCCAUUCUGUUUUCUUCAGUUGUACAUUGUGACGAAUUAAGAGGCACUAAAACAACAAAGUCACCACUCUCUCUUUCAGCAGUUCAGCAGUGUGGGCAGCCACUUACCUGUUCAAGUCCUGGUGCUGUGUGCUACUAGGUGUCAAAAAACUGAAUUAAUUUCUGCAAAACACAGAGCAUAUUCUGGACACAAAGGAGGAGCUGCCUAACAGUACUCUUUUACCUUGUUUUAAGUAGAUGAAAAUGGUAGUUUGUUUUUUCCCUGCAUUAAAGGUAUUAGUUAUGAAAAAGGAGUUACAAGUAAAGGUAAGAAAAAUGAGAUGCUCCCACUGAGGAAAAUUAAUCUCUUCCCACCUUUAAUCUAGAAUUGUUCAUGUGAUGAGUUUUCUGCUCCUACAGAUUCUGAACUGCCACCCAUAAAAGAAAAAAAGCUUCGUGGUUUUACCCCUUUUCAGAACCCAGUCUCUGUUUAUAGUUGGGAUGACAGGUAUGGCACUUGCCACCCCUUAGUUCCAGAAUGAGGCCCGCUGCCAGGUCAGGAAGAUGUUACAGUUGUAGAGGAGUCUCCUUUUGGCAGUGCAGUCAUGCUGCAAGGGGGCUGAGAAGAAGAGAGACAUUCAAAACAGAGUUUGGCACUUUGAAAAAUGAAUGUCUGAGAUCCUCAAGAUAAUUUAGUUUCAUAUUUACAGAAAUGUAACUGGUGCCUAUAAUCACAUUUGGCACUAAAUCAAGAUCUCAUCCAGAGAAAGUGCUCUAGUGAUAAGUUCCCAAUUAGGAGGGAUGUUAUUUUCCACCAAACAGUGAAUUGUUUCACCUUGAAUUAACAGACUGUGCUUUCCUCGUCCUAGUGAGGUUUCCCAUCUCCACACCAUUAUAGUGCAGAAAAAUGUGUGCAAAGAGUGUGCUGAGAGUUAAGUUCCAAUUCAAAAUCAUUAAACAAAAUGAACUUGGGGAGUGGGAACAGCUUAUUCAGACACAGGUAUCUUACCCUGGUUUGACAUCAACGUUAGUUCUGUCU